CAGUAUGCGUCAAAUUUUCACCAAGCCAACAAAUUUUUUUUUCAUUAUCGCGGAGUUUUUCAGUAAAAAAUGGGAGAUCUUACAGUACAGUAGGUGCUUAUCAACGGCUACUGAAUGCCUAAUGUGCUGAGUGAAGUGUUGCUUCUGCAAAAUUAUUUAAAUUUUAUCAGACAAACGUGUGAAGGGAAAAUUAAAAUUAGGCAAAAAGUGUAUGGGAAAAAAUAAGAAAUAGAAAGGAGGAGGAAAGAAAAAAAAGAAAGACAACAAUUUCAAAAUGCUCUUCGCACAUUUACGAGAUUGAGGAAAGAUUAGAUUUUUUUUUAAACAAAGUUGAAGCAGAGGCAACAACAGUGCUAAGUAGUUGGUUCUACCGUAGGCGCAUACGAUUAAAAGAAAAAAACAAAAAUUAAGAUAAAUAUUGCACAAGUUCAGAGAAGAAGGAUCUAGAUAGGGAUAAGAAGUAUCUAGAAUUGGAUUUUGCGUGAUUAAGUGAGUAAAAAUUGAGGAGGAGGGGAGGACACAAGAAGGAAAGUGCAUUGAUUUGUGAAGAGAAAGACUAUCAUGAGAUCGACAGUGAAGCACUUGUUGCACUGUUGCUUAUUACUCGUGAUAAUUGCUGCCUUUGAAGUGUACUCUGGUGCGAUACGUCUCGAUGAGAAUUCUUUUAUAACAAUUGAUCCACGUGAAGAAUAUGGGGAUAUUUGGUGUGUAGCACUGUACUUCUUGCGCCUUCUAACACUCCUGACACUACCACAAGUGUUUUUCAACUUUUGCGGUCUCAUUUUCUACAAUGCCUUCCCGGAUAAAGUUGUACUUAAGGGAUCACCACUAUUGGCACCAUUUAUUUGCAUACGGGUCGUGACACGUGGUGAUUUCCCAGAUUUAGUUAAGACAAAUGUCAUGAGAAAUAUGAACCUAUGCCUGGAUACAGGUCUGGAAAAUUUUCUCAUUGAAGUGGUUACAGAUAAACCACUAAAUCUGCCGAAACACCGAAGAAUACGGGAAAUUGUUGUGCCAAAGGCAUAUAAGACAAAAAGUGGAGCUCUCUUCAAAUCACGUGCACUGCAGUAUUGUUUAGAGGAUUCUGUGAAUGUACUAAACAACAAUGAUUGGAUUGUUCAUUUGGAUGAGGAGACACUUCUUACGGAAAACAGUAUUCGUGGCAUUACAAAUUUUGUAUUGGAUGGAAAAUAUCCCUUCGGUCAAGGCCUUAUAACCUAUGCCAAUGAAAAUGUUGUUAAUUGGCUAACAACACUAGCUGACAGUUUUCGUGUGAGUGAUGAUAUGGGAAAAUUACGUUUUCAAUUUAAAUUUUUCCACAAGCCCCUCUUCAGUUGGAAAGGAAGCUACGUCGUGAGUCAGGUGGCUGCAGAGAGGGACGUGACUUUCGACAAUGGUAUCGAUGGUUCUGUGGCUGAAGAUUGCUAUUUUGCAAUGCGUGCAUUCAGCAUGGGAUACACAUUCAACUUCAUCGAUGGUGAGAUGUAUGAGAAGAGUCCUUUUACCCUCAUGGAUUUUAUUCAGCAGCGCAAACGUUGGCUCCAGGGUAUUCUGUUGGUGGUGCAUUCAAAGGGUGUACCGAUGAAAUACAAAUCUCUCCUGUGUUUGAGUAUCUAUUCGUGGGUCACGAUGCCCCUAGCGGCUUCAAAUAUCAUUUUUGCUGGUCUCUAUCCUAUUCCAUGUCCACAAUUUUUUGACUUUCUCUGUGCAUUCAUUGCAUCUGUCAAUAUCUAUAUGUAUAUUUUUGGUGUGAUUAAAUCCUUUUCGCUGUACCGCUUCGGAAUUACAAAGUUUAUUUUGUGUGCUGCUGGGGCUAUUUGCACAAUACCAAUUAAUGUCGUUAUAGAGAAUAUUGCCGUGAUUUGGGGAUUAGUGGGCAAAAAGCACAAAUUCUAUGUGGUCCAAAAAGAUAUUAGGCCUUUGGUCGCAGUAUAAGAGAUCAACAAAAUAAAAAAAUAAAAACCGAUAUAGUGUAGAAGAUUAAGGAUGAAAAAUAAAGGAAACUUUAUUCGUAAUGUAUAUAAAGUUGCAGCCUAUGUGGUUUACAAGUGGCCAAUUUAUUUAUUUUUUAUUUAAAUUGCCACAGAUUUAUGAGAGAAUUGAUUUUUUUUUUAUUCUUUGUGAAUAAUUUUGCACCAAAUAUUUAAAGAUAAUGUAUUAGGGAAUAGUUUUUUUUUUGCAAUAAGUAUUUGUAUAUUUGUACACACGGUAGAGAAGAAGAAGAAAAAAAACAAGAAAAAGAAAAUAAAAUACGAGGAAAUAAGGAUGUAUAAAAGUGCUUUUGGGCACUAUGAUAAUGUUAGUAUUACGUCAAAAAUAUAUAAGAGAAAAAACAACAUCCUUUUUACGCGUAAAACUAUAAAUGAUUUAAAUUUAAAAAGAAAAAUCGAAAAGACGAAUUAGAGAAGCUAAAAAGUACAUUUGGAUAUUUGCCUGAAGUAAAAACAAAAAUUGAAUUUUGUAAAAUAUUUUUGAGUUCCUUUUUUUCGAAUUAUUUCUUAAAAGUUAAAAAUUUAUUUACUAAAUAAAAGUUAAAGUCCGCCCACGAGACAAAAUCAAGCUUCCAUCCAUCACAGUGUUAUUUAUAAAAAUAGUUUAUAAAACAUUUAUUUCGAACUUUCCAUUAUCAUUUUUUUUUUGUAUCAUAUUUUUUUAGAUAACAUUUUUUUCAAUAUGGCUCCAGCACACCUUUUAGAUCAGUCAAAUUUCAUGAAAUCAAGAUUCAUUUCUCUUUCUUUCUCAAAAGACUUGCAUAAGUCUAUCCCACUCUUUCGGUCUCGAAAUUGGACUGAACCAAAUUUAAUUUAGUGUGAUGUUUAAAGGAAGAAGAAGAGUGCGAAAGAGUAAGAUGGACAUAUGCUAAACUUUUAAGAAAGAAAGGGAUGUGAAUUUUGAUUAUAUGAAAUUUGACCGAUCUAAAAGGUGUGCCAGAGCCAUAGUGAUCAUUUUUGUUUUAGUUUUUUUUUUUUCGAAAUGCAAAAGAACUUAAUUUUCAAAGCAGAAAAAAAUUCUUAAAUAUAUUUUUUUCUAUUAGAUAAAUCUUUUCUACAAUAGUUCAGCUUAUAAUCAAAAUAUAGUGAAUAGAAAAGACAACACACAAUGUGCUUAAUGCUGAGUUUUUAAAUAAUAGACAAAUAUUAAAAAAAUAUAGUUACUUUUCAAAUUGAAACUGCACAAAUAAUACAAAGCAAAGAAAAAGUUUUUCAGGCUCUAGAAAGGUAAAAAAUAAAUAAAAUUAGUGAAUUGCCAAUGAGUAGAAUCUCUCGGAAGAAAUAUUUUGAAAAAAAUAUAUAUAAUUCAAAUAGGUUUUAAUAGACUCAUUAGGAGUUUCGACAUUCCCUGAUUUGCUGACUAAAUAUGAUUUUUUUAUAUCAAUUAGAAUAAACCUUCAAUAAAGAAAAAACAAAGAUUAGACAUGCAAAAGCAACUCUAGGUAGAAAUUUUCCCAUCAAAUUUAGGAAAUUCAAAUUAUUAUUAAAAGAAAAAAUAAUUAAAAUACGACUUGGCAGUAGUGUAAAUUCGACUAUUAUUUUUUAAGACUAUAAUCUUAGGUUUAAAAAAAAAGGAAUAACAAAAGAAAAUCUAGUCGCGUUUUUAUCACUUGAAAGAAAUUCUUGUACAUAUUUUACACAAAAACAAAAAAAAAAGUGGAAGAAGUACAAUAGAUAAUUAUAUAUUGGAUUUAUUUCUUGAAAAAAUAAAAAAUGAAGAAAAAAUGCAUGAUGAACAAAUAUCUGAACAAAUAAAUAAAUUCUAUUGAAUAAAUGCUUGAGUUUAAAGAUAUUCAAGACAAUUUUGAUGAAGUGAUGGACUAUAAUUAUUAGGCAAUUGACAAAGAAAAAACAAGAAGAAAAAUAAACUCUCAAAAUGAGAGUUGUUUUUUUGAUCAAAAUUUAAAUAGGUUUUCUUACUUAAUUGUUGAAAAUGUUUACCGAAAUGCACUGUAAAAAUGUGGAAAAUUUUGAAAUUGUCAUUGAAAUAAAUGAUUAUGUGCAGUAAAAAAAA